AUGAUGCGUCAGAUUUCCCAUAACCCAGGCGGUCCAAAUAAAACCAACCCUUUAAACGCGCAUGGGCCAAUUUACAGUUUUACAUUGACGCACGCUUCGAAGCGGCAAAGGGUUCAGAACGUAUACAAACCCUUUUUUGAGGGCCCAGUUGCGGCACAACUUCCCAGCAACCAAACGGCAAAGUUUAUUCCCGGGAUCUGGGUUCAUCAGGAUACUCAUGAGACCAUUGGGGGGUGUGUGAGAAAAGAGAAAGCACCCUCCAGGAAACAGGCAAAUAAAUUAAAUCGGCCCGCUUUGGGGUUAACCACCCCUCCGGAAAGGAUCGUCGAAAUUGCCGUGACACCUUUGCCGUUGCACUUCUUUCUUCGGGCCCGGUUUGCUUGCCGAAAAAAAAAAAUUUAUUUUUUUUACAGCGCCUUUGGAAGAUAA